AUGCCUUUCUCCCACCACUCUCACUCGGGAGAGUUCUGCCCUAGUCAUGCUCAAAACACCUUGGAACAAGUGAUUCAGACAGCUAUAGAGCAAGGCAUGGAGGUGUUCUGCUUGAGCGAGCAUAUGCCACGCUCUGCAGACGAGCUAUAUGAAGAAGAAGUCCAAGCUGGCGUAACUUCUGCAUCUCUAGUUGACAAUGAGGCAAAAUACUUCAUGACAGCGGUUCAGCUACAGGAAAAAUAUGCCUCGCAAAUCAAAAUUCUCGUAGGAUUUGAGUCAGAGUGGAUCCAGAGCAGCGCCUCGCUAAGGCUCAUAUACGAUUCGCUGUCUAGGUAUCCUUUCGAAUUUUUUGUUGGAUCGGUGCAUCACCUCCAUGGGAUUCCUAUCGACUGGAGUCGAGCUCUAUACACAAAGGCGCGAGAAAUCUCCGGCGGAACAGAUGAGCGUGCGUUUGAAGACUAUUUUGAUGUCCAUUAUGAGAUGUUGCAGAUCUUAAGGCCUCCGAUCGUAGGCCAUUUCGACCUUAUUCGGCUUCAUUGUGAUGACCCAAAUUUAUCCAGUGGAGGGCUUCAGAAUUGGCCCGGUGUCUGGCAGCGUGUGAAGAGAAAUCUCAAGUAUAUUUCGAGCUACGGAGGGCUUCUGGAGUUGAACUCAGCUGCACUGCGGAAAGGGCUCGAGAUGCCAUACCCUGCAGCAGAAAUUUGUCAGGAGUUUCUCUCCAUAGAUGGCCGGUUCUGCCUUUCUGACGACAGCCAUGGAAUCGCUCAAGUUGGGGCCAAGUACCACGAGAUGUUCAAAUACGUCCAAGAGCAAGGCAUUCAAAAUCUUCACUUCUUAGAGCUGGCCCCUGUUGGGAUGACCGGAGGGCUAGAUCCACGAUUUCCGCGCACAUUGGUGAAAUGCUGUUCUCUGGCAGGGGUGAAGGAGAUGGAAUUCUGGAAGCGGUAG